CGCUGGCUUGGGAAUGAAGGGGGGCCUCCUCCGCGGAUGCGAGUAGCUGAAAUUAGGGUUCGCCGCUCGCAGCGAUUUGGAGUGAAAUUCUGGAGAUGCCGAAGCAGAGAAGAGAGAAGAAGCAGGGUUCGUGACGGCGGUGGCGGCAGUAGUUAGCAGCAAGAGCCUCCCGGUGGCUAACCCUGCGGCAGCGGACAUCUCUCCCUUCCCACCCUCUAAUGUAGUCGAGACAGAGAAAAAUAUCUCUCGGCUUGGCUGCGUUUUCUCUCCACCACCACCCUAUUUUCUAUUUUCCUAGAGAACAAACAAAGAGAACAGAACAGAGACGCGGAUAGAAGAAAAUACGGGAGAUUCCCUUUAUCCCAUUGUCAAUGCCAACGCACACACUCCUUUCCCUGGAACAAAAUUUUGGCUUUAUUCUGUACUAAUUAAUUAAUCAAUUAAUUACGAUUUUGGUUUGACUGGAGAUAAAAAGGGGUUUACCUUUCCCGCUCCCUUUUCAGAGAUAUCUCCCAAUUAGGUUCUUUCCCCAUUAUUUCUACACCCCAAAUUCCCAGCAAAAAUGCUGCUGCUGCUCUUUCUCUGUAGUUCCCUCCUCGUCGUUGCUCUGCUCUUCAAAUUCAUCACCGCCGAAGGGGAUUUUACCUUGACGUCAAAGAGAGGCGUCAAGCGCGAAGAAAUUGAAGAUAAGGUUGUCUGGAUUACUGGGGCUAGCCGUGGGAUAGGUGAGGUUCUGGCCAAACAAUUUGCGAGUUUGGGUGCCAAGCUUAUUCUUUCAGCUCGAGACGAGGCUGAACUUGAGCGAGUUAAGAAGCAGCUUACGGGCAAGUAUGCUCCCAACGAGGUAAAGAUUCUGCCUUUGGAUUUGACAGCUGGUGAAGAGUCUCUUAAGGAGGCUGUGGUUAAGGCAGAAGCCCUUUUCCCUGGUGCUGGUGUUCACUAUAUGAUCCACAAUGCAGCUUAUGAACGCCCAAAAACACCAGCUUUGGAUGUAGAUGAAGAAAUCCUCAAGAUGACAUUCAACGUCAAUGUUCUGGGGACAAUAUCUCUGACACGGCUGCUAGCCCCAUUCAUGCUGAGACGAGGUGGCGGCCAUUUUGUUGUGAUGAGCAGUGCUGCAGGCAAGACGCCUGCGCCAAGUCAGGCUGUAUACUCUGCUACCAAGUUUGCUCUGAAUGGAUACUUCCAUUCUUUGCGUUCUGAGCUCUACCCAAAAGGGAUAAAGGUGACCAUUGUUUGUCCCGGGCCAAUAGAGACUGGUUCUGGAGCAUCAAACUCAGAAAAGAAGUUGUCAUCCGAAAGAUGUGCAGAGCUGACAAUAAUUGCUGUAAGCCACAAUUUGAAGGAAGUUUGGAUAUCAAACCAGGUGCUGCAUUCGUGGCAGCAUUCACUCACUCGCUCACUCAUAUUAUUCUCUUUGUUUAAUAUUAUUAAUGUUUCUUAACAAUUUAUUAACUCCUCCCGUAUCCUGCAGCCCGUGUUAGCCGUUAUGUACCUAGUGCAGUACAUGCCAGCCAUUGGCUUCUGGCUUAUGGAUAAGGUUGGUGCGAGACGGGUGGAAGCUGCUAAGCAAAAGAGUAAUACCUACUCAUUGGGUCUAUUGUUCGGAAAGAAGAAGGUAACCUAAAGUCAUUGAGGCACGUCCUGUAUCAGAAUAAUCCUUUCGAUCCAAGAGAGCCAGCCUAUACCAGGUCACUUUACAUACACAAUAUGGAAAAGAAAGAACAUAUACAACACAGAUGUGCAUUUGAUGAUGAUUGUUUGUUCUAAAUGUAUGAGAAGAAGGUCCAUCUAACUGGGCUAAGUGCUUUGAUCUUGUCUUGUUAUCUGGUAUCUCUUUUUUACUGCAGAAUAAAAAGUGUAUGAUAACUGUCACAAAUGGCAAUUUGUUAUAUACAUGGAUUUCACUCUGUUAAAUGUACUGUUUCCAUACUUCUCUAAUUUCUGCUGCUCCAACGUGCUACAUGUUAUUUUGCUUUCAGGCUUUCAGCCACCGCAACCAGAAUAGGUUUCAGCAUAAUUGGAAGCAUGGCUGAUUGCAUGACCUUAGAAAUCAUGUAGUUAACCCAUUCAUCUAAAUCAUAUGGACAUAGUAGUUUAGUGAGAAUUAAGUUAACUAGGGGUUGACAAGUGGGUGAUUGAACUGCAGUUUGAUGCAGACUCAUCUACAAAUAACCUGAACUGUUAUGCGUGGAUGGUUGAUAAAUAUUUUAUUCGCACUUAUUUGGGUGGUUACAUGAUGACACAGCCCACUUUCACUUUCACUUGGAGAGCAUUUGUUUCAUUUUUGAACUAUUGAAGGGUGAUCAUAUUUUAACUGCUCCACAUAUUGAUCAUCAACUUCGAAAUGCAGAAACCAAAUAAUAUUUCUGGAAUACUAUUAUUGGCUAUUAUGUUGUGCAAUAUUUCUUGAUAUUGUGAGGCAGAUUAGGAACAAUGAAUUGAUGCAAUAAUGAUAAUUUGAUACCUCUGCUAAAGAAAUGGUAUCCACUUGCAUAAAGAGCCUGAAUCUCCCCUGCCAAACUCAACCUCCCAGCCCAUUUAAAUUAAUGUGAUAAUAGUAAUACUCUGUUUCCAGCAGAUCCACUAGGCAAUAAUACUACGAAUUUUUCCCCAAAAAAUCUUCAAUCAGGUGGACAUCGCCGUCGCACCGUGGCGGCUACCCCUAUGUGCUCGUUCGUUUUCCUUUCCUCAAGUAAACUGCAGAAACGUGGGAUUAAAGUUAAUUGCGUCUAUCACUACAGUAUAUAAAGAACAGAGUUGAGGGACAUGUAUAAAUAUACGGCCUUACGACCACAUCAAUAACACUUAGUACAGCUGGUAGUAGUUCUAUAAGCUUGAGCUUGAUCUCCAAAGUACCACAGUGAUGUCGAAUGCGCCAGGCUUGGCCUCUUCGGCUCAAAACGAAGCAGAAACUGUGCUGUUGGCUCCUACUGCUGCUGCUGAUUAUCAUCCCACUUUGUGGGUUGAUGAUGAUUUCCUCACCCUCAAGCCGAAGGACGACGUCCUUGAUGCUUCAGUAGUACUUGAACUUCAACGCGAAGAGUUGAAAGAGGAAGUGAGGAAGAUGCUGACUGCUACAGUAAGCGACCUGGCUCAGAAACUCCGGCUGAUUGACGCGGUCCAGCGCUUGGGUGUGAGUUACCACUUUGAGGGAGAGAUUGAAGCUGAGCUGCUGAACUUGGUGGCGUCUGCCAUUUCUGACUCCGUAGCUAAUGAUCUCAACUCGGCUGCGCUUUGGUUCCGCCUCCUCAGGCAGCAAGGCUUCCAAGUUUCACCAGACAUUUUGGAGAAGUUCAAAGACGGCGAAGGGAACUUCAAGCAAGCAAACAUCGAUGAUGUGCCAGCAAUGCUGAGCUUGUACGAAGCAUCAUUUCUGGGUAUACCGGGAGAAGAUAUCCUGGACCAGGCAAUGGCCUUCACUGCACAAAACCUCCGUUCAUCCUCGGCUGCUGGCACGAUGAGCGCGAAGGUGGCUGAAGAAGUAAGCUUUGCCCUGUACCGGCCAAUCCGAAAGCGCUUGCAGAGGUUGGAGGCGAGGCAUUUCAUCGACACCUACCAGAACGACGAGUCCCACAAUAGUGCCUUGCUGAGGUUUGCGCAGUUGGACUUCAACAUCCUCCAGCAACAGCAUCAGGAAGAGCUACUAGGGAUCCAGCAGUGGUGGGGAGGUUUGGACGUGCCGACCAACUUCCCAUACGCAAGAGACAGAAUCGUGGAGGCCUACUUUUGGAUAAUGGAAGUGUAUUUCGAGCCGAAGUAUUGCCUGGCCAGGAGGAUGCUCACCAAGUUCAUAGCCAUCAUGUCUAUAGCCGACGAUACUUAUGAUAACUACACUACAGCCGAACAGCUAGAUGCUCUCACUCAGGCUAUCGAAAGCAAAACUGUGCUGUUAGCCCCCACUGCUGCUGCUGCUGAUUAUCAUCCCACUUUGUGGGUAGAUGAUGAUUUCCUCACCCUCAAGUCGAAGGACGACGUCCUCGAUGCUUCAAUAGUACUUGAACUUCAACACGAAGAGUUGAAAGAAGAAGUGAGGAAGAUGCUGACUGCUACAGUAAGCGACCUGGCUCAGAAACUACGGCUGAUUGUCGCGGUCCAGCGCUUGGGUGUGAGUUACCACUUCGAGGGAGAGAUUGAAGCUGAGCUGCUGAACUUGAUGAUGGCGUCUGCCAUUUCUGACUCCGUAGCUAGUGAUCUCAAUUCGGCUGCACUUUGGUUCCGCCUCCUCAGGCAACAAGGCUUCCAAGUUUCACCAGACAUUUUGGAGAAGUUCAAAGACGGUAAAGGGAACUUCAAGCAAGCAUUGGUCGAUGAUGUGCCAGCAAUGCUGAGCUUGUACGAAGCAUCGUUUCUGGGUAUACCGGGAGAAGAUAUCCUGGACCAGGCAAUGGCCUUCACUGCACAAAACCUCCGUUCAUCCUCGGCUGCUGGCACGAUGAGCGCGAAGCUGGCUGAAGAAGUAAGCUUUGCCCUGUACCGGCCAAUCCGAAAGCGCUUGCAGAGGUUGGAGGCGAGGCAUUUCAUCGACACCUACCAGAACGACGAGUCCCACAAUGGUGCCUUGCUGAGGUUUGCGCAGUUGGACUUCAACAUCCUCCAGCGGCAGCAUCAGGAAGAGCUACGAGGGUUCAAGCAGUGGUGGGGAGGUUUGGACGUGCCGACCAACUUCCCAUACGCAAGAGACGGAAUCGUGGAGGCCUACUUUUGGAUAAUGGGAGUGUAUUUCGAGCCUAAGUAUUGCCUGGCCAGGAGGAUGCUCACCAAGUUCAUAGCCAUCAUGUCUAUAGCCGACGAUACUUAUGAUAACUACGCUACAGCAGAACAGCUAGAUGCUCUCACUCAGGCUAUCGAAAGGUGGGAUGUCAAUCUCCUAAGCGGACUUCCAGAGUGCAUGAAGAUGCUUUACCACUUAUAUGCCUACAUUUUCGAUGAAUUUGAAGAGACUGUUUCUAAAGAAGGGAGGUCUUUUGCUCCACCAUUCGCGAAAAAAGCACUAGACAGAACGCUCAACGCGUAUCUAACGGAGGCCAAGUGGAGGGAUGCAGACUACUUCCCGAACCUAGAAGAGUACAUGGAAGUUGCACUCGUCACCUCUUGCUAUCCGUUGCUCGCAACUGUUUCAUUCGUCGGCAUGGCUGGCGCCAGAGAGGAGGCCUUCGAGUGGCUCUCCGGGGAUCCCAACGCGCUCAAACCCUCCUCGACCAUCUGCAGGCUGAUGGACGAGAUCGUCUCCCACAAGUUAGAGCAGGAAAGGAAGCACAUCCCGUCGGCCAUCGAAUGCUACAUGGAGAAGCACAGGGUGGCAGAGGAGGUGGUGGUGAGACAGUUCGAGGAGCGAGCUGCGAACGCGUGGAAGGACCUGAACAAGGAGUGUCUGAGGCCGACGGAGGUGGCUGCACCGCUGAUGGAUCGGAUUCUGAACCUGACGAGGGCGAUUGAUGUGAUCUAUAAGGACCACGAUGGCUACACCGACUCCUACUGGCUCAAGGACUGCGUCGUCUCUGUUCUCAAGGAACCCGCCUUCAUUGACGGUUUGAGAUGAAAAUGAGGCGUAUGAAUGUACCCUACUCCGAUUAAAAUAAGGUGAUGAGAGGCCGUUAUCGAACCUCCCAUCGUGUUUGUACGUGUUCUGUAUUGUAUAUUUUCUCUCUUGGUGCAAUCUGUAUUCCAGAUUCUGUGUUUGAUUUGGUGAAAUCUCUGCAUUAAAUAUCACAGUGACAGUGAGGGGAGCGGGGCCUCAUGGAUUACUCUGAUGAUGAAAUUAUGAAUACCAUGGUUGUAAAUUAACUUCUUGAACUACCUGAGUUUGAGCAAGCUAGUUAUUAACUAGCUGUUGGCUGGCUGGACUUGCUAACCAGGAGCAAACUCGGGGCUCUUAAAUGUCGAUCCCCUGCCUCUUUCUUCAGGGUGCGUGGCGCCCUGUGAGGGCGUUUCUCCGAUAUGGGUCAAUUAAAUCGGCCGAUUCAAUGUUCCCCUUUCAGCUCCUCCCGCCUUCUUUGUCCGGUUCUACUGCCCAACUGUCCACCG